AUGGCGUCUUAUGGAGAUAAACUGAAGGCAACCACCAUUAAUGGAGUUAAAUUAUACCAUGUUUCAUCUGCCCCCAAUGUUGCCUCUUGGCUAAACCCUAAGAAGCAACGAGCUCUUCGCAAAAACCCUCAUUAUAUGCAAAGAGUGGAGCUUAUUGAGGAUUUGAAGUUUCAGACUGCAAGUACUAGAAUCAAAGUUACUCCUGAUGGAGAGUAUCUUGUUGCUUCAGGAAAAAUGUCUUCUCGGGUGUUAAAUGGAACAGGUAUACAUCCACCCAUGGUCAAAGUUUAUGAGCUAAGUCAGCUUGCUUUGAAGUUUGAGAGACAUUUGGACUCUGAGAUAGUUGAUUUCGAGAUAUUGGAUAAUGACUACUCAAAGCUUGCCUUCUUAUGUGCUGAUCGUUCUAUUAAUCUGCACGCCAAAUACGGGAAACACCACAGUUUACGAAUCCCAAGGUACUUUAGCUUUUGUUGGUAUGUGAGAUAUAUAUGUGGACUUGGUCUAAAAGCUCACAUUUUAUUUGGUAGGAUGGGGAGAGACAUGACAUAUGAUAACUGCUCUUGUGAUCUGCUUUGUGCUGCUUCUUCACCAGAUCUUUACAGAAUCAAUAUGGAGCAGGGAAGAUUUCUUUCUCCUCUCAGCACUCAAUCCCCAGCGCUGAAUGUUGUUUCUCGAAGCAAUAUACAUGGAUUAAUAGCUUGUGGUGGUGAGGAUGGUGCUGUUGAAUGCUUCGAUAUGAGGAUGAAGUCAUGUGCUGCUAGAAUCAAUGCGGUUGCACAUGGUGGUGAUGCUGCUGCAGAAGAGAUGGAGGAAACAGGAGAAACAACUAUUUACGAUAAUUACAAGUUUGUGACAAAGGAAGAUCUGGAGAAGUUGCAGCUGACUCAUUUGAUUGGCACAGAACUUUUGAAAGCUCAAAUGCAUGGAUAUUUUAUGAAACACGAUCUGUACAAGAAAGCUUUGCCAGUGGUUAAACCUUCUGCGCAAAAGAAACUAGAAGCAGAACUUAGCCAGAGAAUCACAAAGAAGAUAAGUUUGCCAAAGGUAAACCGUGAUCUCGCAGCCACCAUCCACAACAAGGAGGAUGCGGAAGAGGAUGAGGAAGCUGCAAAAAAAGUGCCGAAGAAGAAGAAACCUGGACUUAGUGUCGAGGAUUUCUCAGGUGGUCGGUUUAACAACAUGUUUCAUAAUCCGGACUUCCAAAUCGAUCCAGAAUCAUAUGAAUAUCGUGUCCUACACCCUGUUGCUUCUUCUAUUAAGAAACCUUCUUUGUUAGAUGAACACUUUGAUGCUGUAACAGAUGAUGAUGAGAACAACGGUUCUGAUGUAUCACAAGGUUCAGACGACGAAGCAGAGGAUGGGAGACCAAACAAGAGAUCGAAAACUCCAAAGUUGUUUGAAGUGAAAGACGAGCGGCAUGCUGAAGCUUUCCACAACCGUAGAUCACUAGCUAAAGAAGACAGUCUUACAAUGGGCGAGCGUGUUAAGGCUAUGGAAAACCAGCGUGGCAACUUUGGAGCCUCUAAAGAUGUUAAGUUCGGUCCUGGAGGAUCCCGGGAGAUGUCUUUCAAUGCUAGAAGCUCAUCCACAUACAAAGAAGAUAGAGAUGAUGAGGAUGGAGACGGGCAGAGAAACAAGAGGAGAGGAUAA